GAAUUGUUGUGAUUUCAGGCUAAAUCCCUGGUAUGUGUGAGCUUACUGUCUGCAUGCGCCCUGGGAGAGCUGCGGGUGCAAUUCGGGCGGUAUGGUGUUGCCCAUCAGGUUGUAUCAGCAUGCAUGCUGCCAGUAUGGCUUGCAAGGGAUGAGGUAAAGAGAGGCAGGGCCCAAGGAGCCUGCCACUCUGUUAUAUGAGGUGCGGGGAAGGUCCUGCUGAGAUGGACCAGUUGUAAAACUGGAUACUGUGUAAGGUAGAGGAGCAGGAGAGGCACCUGAAGCCUGUCUGCUGCUUGGUGGCAGCAGGGAGGGGGCCAGAGGCUGGCACUGUUCCCUCUCUGCUGCUGCAGCAGAGUCUGGUAGAGUUGGAGCAGUGGGCAGUGGCUUUCUUAGGAUGAUUGACUGGUGGGGACCCAUGGGUGCCACUGUCUGGACAGGUGCUAGCAAGCUCCUCUCUUCCCCAGCAGCUGUUUCCUGCAUGAGCUGGGUGCUUGCACUGCUCCUCAGGUGGCUCUUGUUCAGAUCUCUCCCUGCAGAGCAGGGGCAGCCAUAGAAUCAUAGGCCUGCUAUGUGCAGGGGUGCCAACCACCAGACCAGGCUGCACAGAGCCACAUCCAGUCUGGCCUUGAAUGCUUCCAGGGAUCGGGCAUGCACAACCUCCUUGGGUAACCUGUUCCAAUUUGUAAAUGUCUGUGUCUCAUUGCUUCAGGCCUGCUCUUCACUUGAAGUAUUCAAGCAGUUGUAGAUAAUCUCUCUUGAAGCAUGGGUGGUAGUAGAAAAGUAACAAAAAAAAAUGCAAAGGAGAAGAGUUAGUUGUUCUCGGUUUGAGACUGAGAGACAGCAAGACACAGGAACGAAGAUGAACAGACAACCAUAUUGCUAGAGACAAACAUGGUUAUUAAAUAAGUCUAUCAGUCAGAUUAAUCCUACAGUUUAGGCUGACUAAAACAAGAUGUGUUGGAAGUAGUUAAAAUAAAUAGACUCAUCAUAUCCUGAUUUACUUUUCUUUCUAUUCCUUGAGUUCAAACUUGGAUAGAAGCCAAACUUACUUUAUCCGUAUUUAUACUACUCAGCAAUGCCACCUCUAAAAUACCUUGAAACAGCCAGAGAAAGAAGUGAAGAUCAGAACAUCUACUGUCAUUCUCAUCUCCUCUAUUACUGCUUAUUUUAUUGGAACCUUCAUCCCUUCUGCCAGAAUAUGGGCAAGUCGAUUGAUUUUGUGGAUGUGAAUGAGAGCAACAUGCGCUGGAUACAGGACUUCCGUAUGAAGCCAUAUGCAAACCCUGCCAAGCUGGAGUCAAUUGAUGGUGCUAGAUACCAUGCACUGCUGAUUCCAAACUGCCCAGGGGCUACGACUGACCUUGCAAACAGUGGGUACCUGGCAAAGAUAUUGCAGCACUUCUGCACAGAGAACAAGCCUAUCUGUGCUGUUGGACAUGGUGUUGCAGCUUUGUGUUGUGCCACCAAUGAGGAUAAAACCUGGGUAUUUCAGGGAUACAGCCUGACAGGGCCCUCUGUGUAUGAACUAAUAAGGCAGCCUAAUUUUGCCAGUUUGCCCAUUAUUGUGGAAGACUUUGUGAAAGAUUCUGGAGCUACGUUUAGCGCCAGCCAACCAGAUUCUGUACACGUUGUGCUGGACAGGCACUUGGUGACAGGACAGAAUGAAAAUUCCACCCUUCCAGCUGUCCAGAAUCUUCUUAUUCUUUGCAACGUCAGCAGGAAAUAAAGGAGAAGGUCUCUUUGCAAAUAGGAUGGACGAAGAGCCAGCAGGCUAAGGACUCACUUGACUUUUAAGUGGAUAAAACGUGUUUAAAUUUCUAUCCUGGACUAUGAAGUGACUGUGAUGUUGAAGUGGCAGUAUUAGGUUCUCUGUAUACAGAAUGGAGGAAUGUUGUGGAUAAGAGAAUUUGGAAGUGCAUCAUGCUUCAAAGCAAUUAUGAAACCACUUUGUUUGUUACUGCAUCUUCACUGCUCUCCAGACCCUUACCUUACAGUGAUAACUGGUGGUACCAGCAACUUACCUGUUUAAAACGAACAAAAAAUCAGUGGCUAUGAAUGUUGUUCAUUGAGGAUGAAGACAGUGUUCUUGGCUGACAUCAUACCAAUCAUCAUUUCUAGUUCAAACACAAGAAUCUUCACACCGAUGUGUCCUUUCAGAAGUGUUCUUAACCUUCCUUCCUUUUUCAGUUACUGUCUGAAUUCAGAAUGCAUCUGUGACACUUCAGUAUGCUUGGAACAGGAUGGAAAAUGCUGAGCUGUGUGCAAUAAAGCAGGAUCAGUUGUCUGAA